AUGCCGUACGAUCUCAAAGGCAGGAAUGUACUUAUUACAGGUGGAUCAGCCGGCCUCGGCGAACUCCUCAGCACGACGUUUGCGAGUGAAGGCGCCAAUGUGGCGAUUAACUACUUCAACCGGAUUGAGCCGGCGCAGAAGGUGCAGAAGGCGUGUCAGGAGCAUGGGGUUAAGGCUGUUGUUGUUAAAGCGGAUAUGACAUCCACGGAUGAGGCAAGGAGAGCUGUUAAGGAGACGAUUGAACAGCUGGGAGGGCUGGAUAUUAUCAUCGCCAACGCAGGCUGGACACGCUUCUCCGAGUGGAAAGAUCUCGACUCCAUGAGCGAUGAAGAAUGGGAUAAGUGCUGGAAUGCAAAUGUCAAAGUACCCAAGGCAUUACUGUCUGAGGCGAGGAGCACGUUUGACGCGAAUCCUGAGGGUGGACUGAUGAUUACUACGGGCAGUAUUGCGGGUGUCAGCCAAGGCGGCUCCAGCAUGCCCUACGCCGUCACCAAAGCAGCCCAGCUCCAACUCGUCAAAUGCCUUGCCGCCACCGUCGGACCCAAGAUCCGCGUCAACACCGUUCUCCCAGGCUUACUGUUGACCGAAUGGGGCCUCAAGUAUAGCAAAGAGAAGAUUGAGCAGCUCACGAAUGCUGCAGCACUGAAGCAUGUGACUUUCAUGGAUGACUGUGCUUCGGCGUAUGUCAUGUUGGCGAAGAAUACUAGCAUGACUGGCCAAGGCGUACAACGCGUGGGAAUGUGCACACCGUGGCUGCAGGCCUUCCCCAAGACGGCGAAACCCAUCCUCGAGGAGAUUGACGAGACCCUUCAACUCCCCCUUACCAAGACAAUCGAGUCCGGCACGAAUGCUGAACUCACACGAACCGAGAACGCGCAACCGGCCAUUAUGGCAACCUCGAUCCUGAUACUGCGGAUACUGGAGAAGGAGUUUGGCUUCAAGACCAGCGAACGCGUCGACAUCACACUGGGCCACUCGCUCGGCGAAUUCGCAGCCCUCGUAGCAGGCGGCUACCUCACCUUCCACGACGCCCUAAAGAUGGUGCGGCGACGAGCCGAAGUAAUGAGCAAAUGCAGCCAAGAAGCCGUCGCAGAAGAAGGCGGUGAGUUCGGCAUGGUAGCCCUCGUCUGCGAAUCCGAAGAGCACAUGCAAUCUCUCAUCAACGGCAUCCACGAGUUCCUCGCCCUGGGCUCCAAAGCCGAUUCCCACGACCACCUCCCCGCCGUCCAGCAAGUCGCCAUCGCAAACCUCAACUCGAAGAACCAGAUUGUUCUGAGUGGUAGUAUAACACGCAUCAGCACGCUCCUGACCAACCUGCGCCAAUUCGGCGGCCAUGACCCGAGACAUGUACGACUUAAAUCUGACGCUCCCUUCCACAGCCUCCUUAUGAAGCCUGCGGCCGAAACAAUGAAACGCAUCCUGCAUAAGCCCACGGAAGACGGCCGCGAUAUCAUAACAUGGCCGGGCAUCAUGCCCUGCAUCUCAAACGUGUCCGGCAAGCCCUUCCAAGACAAAGAGCAACUGAAAGACUUGCUAGCACGCAGUUGUGUGGAGACGGUGCAGUGGUGGAAGAGCGUCAAGUAUCUGCACGAGCAAGAGAAGAUUAUGCGCUAUCUCGAAUACAAAAAAGACACCAAUACGUACAUCAACUGGCUCUGCAGCACUGCAACACGUAUAGGCUUUCCGCCGCCCUACAAGUCAUCGUUAGAAUCAACGGCAUCGAAAUCAAAGGCCCGGAAAAAGAAGAAGCUAGAAGAACGAGAAGUCAGUAUUAGCGGACUAGUUGCAUGUGCGGAGGCAAUUGCCGAGAAACCGCCCAAGCAAUUCGUCGUUCCUGUAUACGCUGCUCAGUGCGCGGCACGGGCCAUCAGACAACGGAAGAAGUCGUCGCAAUGGCAUGAGAGUCAGGUUGAUGGGUUGGAUGGAAUUGAGAAGGUAGUGAAAGAAGAAGACAACGCCGGUCAUACCUUCUUCACGGAGACGCUGGAGCAUACGCUCAAUAUCUUACGACCGUUUAUACGCAACGCGCAACACGUCAAAAAGAAUGGUGACAAGGCUCAACGACAUGAUUCUAUGGAUGAUAUUACCAAUCGCUUCAGUAAGCUUGAGAUUGAGGAGUUGGCUGAUCAGGAAGUCGAGAGUGCUGCGAUUGCGGUCGCCGAGAAACCGCCAACGUCACGGAUCACAUACUUUGUCGAUAACAGCGAAGAAGAGCGCCAAGUCGCUAUGGAAUCCCUUCUACAUGAUCACUUACGCAUCAAACAGGCCAUCCGCAAGGCAUGGCAAGAAUAUUUGUUAGACAGAAAGCUUGACCUCAUCACGACCGCGGCAACAACUCAAGCCGGGAUGCAGAUGCUCCGGAGUCUCGUUCACGAGUUCACGAUGCAGUUCCCCGAACUUAACUCGAUGGAGACAUUCUGCUUGAACUAUCUUCGCAAACCCAAAGACAUCGAAUCAUGUUCCGACGAAGCUACCCCGGUAGAUACGAGCGACGCGGAUGUCCAGAUCCCAAAACACGUGGCCGAAUUCAGCUGCCUAGGCACUUUUACCACUAUCCGGCAUGCGUUGAGUCGUUUCUUCCAGGCUGCAAACUACGCCGGUCGAUACCGAGCAAUGGAGCUUGUGCUCCAGAUCCGCUAUUUUGACGACUACAAAACGGACAUGCCUGCCCUUCAACCACUGGUCAACGCCCUGGAAGACAUCUUAGGCAUGGACGUCGAAGGAAUGGGCAGCUUUGAAGAUCCUCCCAUUAUGGACAACUUCACUCAACUCUGGCGAGAGUAUCUCCGGACUUUGUAUUCUGCUCCCAAACCGGAGGGACAAGAAAAGAGGGAACUUCCUGAUCUGAGUGUGGAACUGGUCCUCUGUACGGAUCUAUACCUGAAGGUACAAGAGGUCGUCACACUUGCCGAGCCAAACAUCAUAAGAGACGACUACAAGAAUAACUGGGCAUACAAGAAUUACUAUCAGAAUGACAGCGACUCUGGUCAUUACCUGGAAUUGGCAUUCCACUGUAUAAACCCCCUCGACAAAGAGCAGGAAGAGUUUCACGGUCAACACUGGGCCGAGUGGGUACUCGCCGAUGAAGAAGCGGUGCAGAAGUCUGCAGAUGAGGUUCUAAACCGAGAAGGCACGACGCAAUUGUGCCUGCCACCUUCGUUCCGUGAACUCAUCGCCAGUCCCUCAGCAGCGGAAACCUCGCCCAACCUAGCAGACGAAGAACCCAACACGCAACCCCAGCAGAAGGAGAUUUCUACACCCGACGCCAACAAAGCUGCCCUCGAAGGAAUACUCCGGCUUUUGCGCCAGGCUAAAGCGGACGACGAUCAGAUGAAGACGCCGGAGUUGGUACAGGAAGCUUUUGCUAGGCUGGGGGCGCUUGGAGGGGAUCAUGUGUUGGCCCCGGAGGAUCAUCAGGAGAUUGUUAAGGCUGCUGAGGAAUUCAUGGGGAAGGGGGUGGGUAAAGAUGGGAAGGGCCGUGUUUACUAUGUUCGUGUUGGACAGGCUGCGAAACAGUCUUAG